AUGGCGGAAAACAAAGGAGGAGGAGGCGGCGGUGGCGGGGAGGGGGCUGGGGAGGCCGUACCGGCGGGGGGUGGGCCCGAGCCUGCCGUAGCCGCGUCGGCUGUCGUUGUCACCUCAGCGUCGGCAAUUGCGUCCCCGUCCCCUCCGGUGCCUGCCCCGCCCGAGGAGAGGGAGAGCCCCGCCGCGGUGAUCCUGGCUGCGGCGGUGGUGGACAAGGGCCCAGGGGAGGCGGAGGCCGCGGCGCCGGUGGUGGUGGUAAGCGGAGGCCCGGCCUCCGGCUCCGUAGCGGCGCCGCUGGGCCCCAGCCCCGCGCCCCCCGCCCUCUCCAGCGCCGCGCCGGGCCCGCUGUCGCUGCUGGACACCUGCGCAGUGUGCGCGCAGAGCCUGCAGAGCCGGGAGGCCGAGCCCAAGCUACUGCCCUGCUUGCACUCCUUCUGCCGGCGCUGCCUGCCGGAGCCCGAACGCCAACUCAACUUGCCCGUGCCCGGCGGCGCCAACGGGGACAUCCAACAGGUUGGUGUGAUCAGGUGUCCAAUCUGUCGCCAGGAAUGCAGGCAAAUAGAUUUGGUAGAUAACUACUUUGUCAAAGACACAUCUGAAGCACCCAGCAGCUCUGAUGAGAAAUCUGAACAGGUGUGCACCAGCUGUGAAGAUAAUUCUAGUGCUGUUGGUUUCUGUGUGGAAUGUGGAGAAUGGCUAUGCAAAACGUGCAUAGAAGCUCAUCAACGAGUAAAAUUUACUAAGGAUCACAUGAUCAGAAAGAAAGAAGAUGUCUCUUCAGAGGCUGUUGGAGCAUCUGGUCAACGUCCUGUUUUCUGUCCUGUGCAUAAACAAGAACAGUUAAAACUCUUCUGUGAAACUUGCGACAGACUGACAUGUAGAGAUUGUCAAUUACUGGAGCACAAAGAACAUAGGUAUCAGUUUUUGGAAGAAGCAUUUCAGAAUCAAAAGGGUGCUAUUGAGAAUCUGUUAGCCAAACUCCUUGAGAAGAAGAAUUAUGUUAACUUUGCAGCUACGCAAGUGCAAAAUAGGAUAAAAGAAGUAAAUGAAACUAACAAACGAGUAGAACAGGAAAUCAAAGUGGCUAUUUUUACCCUCAUUAAUGAAAUCAAUAAAAAGGGAAAAUCUCUCUUACAGCAGCUUGAGUCUGUGACAAAGGAGAGGCAGAUGAAGCUAAUACAACAGCAGAAUGAUAUCAGUGGUCUGUCAAGGCAGGUGAAACAUGUGAUGAACUUUACUAAUUGGGCCAUUGCAAGUGGCAGCAGCACUGCAUUGCUGUAUAGCAAGCGACUGAUCACGUUCCAGCUGCGACAUAUUUUAAAAGCACGAUGUGAUCCUGUCCCAGCUGCUAAUGGAGCAAUACGCUUCCAUUGUGAUCCCACAUUCUGGGCAAAGAAUGUAGUCAACUUAGGUAAUCUUGUUAUAGAAAAUAAGCCAACCCAAGGUUACACUCCCAAUGUAGUGGUGGGACAAGUUCCUCCGGGAACAAACCACAUCAGCAAACCUCCAGGGCAAAUUAACCUUGCACAGCUUCGACUCCAGCAUAUGCAACAGCAGGUGUUCGCACAACAAAAACACCAGCAGCUACAGCAGAUGAGGAUGGGGCAGCCUGCAGGGCCGAUCGCUCGCCAGGCAGGGCCACAGAUGCUGCAGCAACAGCCUCCAAGGUUGAUAAGCAUGCAGACCAUGCAGAGGGGUAUGAAUUGCGGUGCUUUCCAAGCCCACCAGAUGAGAAUGGCUCAGAAUGCUGCCCGUCUCCCAGGGAUUCCUCGCCACAACGGGCCCCAGUAUUCCAUGAUGCAGCCACACUUACAGAGACAAGUAUAUGCUCAUUCAAACCCAGGACAUGCAGGUCCCUUUCCAGUUGUUUCUGUGCAUAAUAAUACUAUCAAUCCAACAAGCCCUACAACAGCCACGAUGGCCAAUGCUAACCGUGGUCCAACAAGCCCAUCUGUAGCAGCAAUAGAGCUUAUUCCCUCAGUAACCAACCCAGAGAAUCUACCUUCCUUGCCAGAUAUUCCUCCCAUACAGCUGGAAGAUGCUGGUUCCAGUAACUUAGAUAAUUUACUAAGUAGGUAUAUCGCAGGCAGCCAUCUACCCACUCAGACUAUAAGCAGUAUGAAUCCCUCCCCUGGGCCCUCAGCUCUAUCUCCAGGCUCAUCAGGUUUAUCCAAUUCUCACACCCCUGUGAGGCCACCCAGUACUUCCAGCACAGGCAGUAGAGGCAGCUGUGGCUCAUCAGGCAGAACUGUUGAGAAGAACAAUAUUAGUUUCAAGCCUGACCAUGUGAAAGUUAAGCAAGAACCAGGCACAGAAGAAGAGGUGUGCAGUUUCUCAGGGCCAGUGAAGCAAGAAAAAACAGAAGACGGCAGGAGGAGUGCCUGCAUGCUUAGCAGUCCUGAGAGCAGCUUGACGCCACCGCUUUCUACAAACUUGCAUCUGGAAAGUGAGCUAGAAGCACUGGGAAGUAUAGAAAACCAUGUAAAAACUGAACCAGCGGACUUGAGUGAAAGCUGCAAACAGUCUGGACAUGGUCUUGUAAAUGGCAAGUCUCCAGUGCGUAGCCUCAUGCACCGAUCAGCUAGGACUGGAGGAGAAGGCAACAACAAAGAUGAUGAUCCUAAUGAAGACUGGUGUGCUGUGUGCCAAAAUGGAGGAGACCUUUUAUGUUGUGAAAAGUGCCCCAAAGUUUUCCACCUUACUUGUCAUGUACCCACACUCCUCAGCUUUCCAAGUGGAGACUGGAUAUGUACAUUUUGCCGUGAUCUUGGCAAACCUGAAGUAGAAUAUGACUGUGACAACUUGCAGCAUAGUAAGAAGGGGAAAACUGCACAAGGUUUGAGUCCUGUGGACCAAAGGAAAUGUGAGCGCCUCCUGCUUUACUUAUAUUGCCAUGAGCUGAGCAUUGAGUUCCAAGAGCCAGUCCCAGCCUCAAUACCAAACUACUAUAAAAUAAUAAAGAAACCCAUGGAUUUAUCUACAGUAAAGAAGAAACUGCAGAAGAAACAUUCCCAGCACUACCAAACGCCGGAAGAUUUUGUGGCAGACGUUCGGCUGAUCUUCAAGAACUGUGAAAGAUUUAAUGAAAUGAUGAAAGUUGUUCAAGUUUAUGCAGAAACACAAGAGAUUAAUUUGAAGGCUGAUUCAGAAGUAGCACAGGCAGGGAAGGCAGUUGCGUUAUACUUUGAAGAUAAGCUUACAGAGAUCUACCCAGACAGGACCUUCCAGCCCUUACCCGAAUUUGAGCAAGAAGAGGACGAUGCUGAAAUAACAGAUGACUCCGAUGAAGAUUUUAUACAGCCACGCAGAAAACGUCUAAAAUCGGAUGAGAGACCAGUGCAUAUAAAGUAACUUGACUAAAACAGACCUAAACUAUUGUAAAAAGGAAGAAACAUAUUUAAGUGUUCCUGGAAUAUUAUCACGCCUUCAGUGGCCAUCUUAUUGAAGCUGAUAGUGUUCAGACAGUAUUAGAUUACAAAAAGCAUUUGUACAGAAACAUUCUUGUCAAAAGGGGAAAAAAGCUUUCAACUUCUGUUGAUUUUGUGUUUUUGUUUUUGUUUUUUGUUUUUUUAGUGUUUGGAUUUGCAUUUUCUUUUUUCACUCCCUCAUUUCUCAGAUACAGAGGUGUGGGAUGAAUGUUGGUAAAGAAGCAAGUUUUUAUAUGAUGACAUUUGUACAAACAGUGAACUCUUAGUAACCAUUUCUACAAGACUGGACCAAGGCAGUCAUGUUUCAAGUUCAUGCUGGACUGCAGUUUAAACCUCACAAAACCUUCCUCAACAUUCUCUUCAUGCGACUCUAAGUGUGAAUUGGAUAGUUUUUAUUCAUCGUCUCAUCUAAAUGGUAUUGCAAGUAUCAUAUUCUGUCUUGGGUCAAAUAGCUAGGUUCUGCUUUCUUUUGCUGACCUUGUAUAGAAAUAUUGUAAUGAUCAUUAAAUAGUUUUGAAUUGGAGAAUGCAGGAGUGUGAGUUCUUCAUACAUGCUUCAUUAAGUCUGGUUGCAAUUAAUGCUUUUCAGUAGGAUUCAUGGUGUCAAGUGGAAGUCCUAUGCACAAAACACUUAAGUGAGUAUCCUCUUGGAAUUUAUUAAUCCUAUUUUUCUCCCCUGAAAAGGCAGGAUGUUGGCUGCAAUACUGGUUAUAUAGAUUUUAGCACUCAGAAUUAGAUUAUGAACUUAAUAACUGGUGACUGUCCCGUCUUCCCUAAUAACAAUUUCUGAUAGUCCACUAUCAGAAAACAGUAACUUCGUCAACUACCAAAUGUGUAAAAUUUCCUGUAUUCACUCUGUCUUAUUUGUAAAUAAUGGUACUGUAAAUCAUUUCAGACAGCAACAUUUGCUGGGCUGUUUUUAAGCUAAUAUGUAUUCUUACUAAUGUUCCUAAUCAAGAGCAGAUUUGUAAUAGGUUCUCUAUUUCUAAAACGAUUCAUAGUUUGAAGUUCUAUAUUAUUUUGUUAGAGCUACUCAGAGUUUUCUUCAGAAGCAGCUUAAAUGAAAAGUCUAAGAGGAGGAAAAAUGAGCCCAUUGAGACUGAGUUACUUGUCCAUCCUUAAAACAGAAAACUUGUAUGGACCAGUGUAUCAGACAAGUGGCUUCAGGAUAGGUAAUGGAAACGGGCCAGCCCCCAUUGUGAUAAUCUGCAUGCAAACAAGUUCUUCAGUUCUGCCUUGAUGGCAAUAUUGAGAGCAGAAAUGUCUCUGCAUUAUUGUAAUUCAGUGUUGAACAGGUAAAAUCCCUUAUAUGCUUGACUUGGUCUGUAUUGAACAGUGCCAGAUAAUAUAAUUUCAAGCCCAUGUACAGAAUAUUUUUUUAUUGUUAAGCCAGUUUCAAAAAUGUAAACCACACUUUUUGAGGUGACCAAAAUGUAAAUUUUACUGUGGUAUUGAGCGUAAUUCAUCAUGGCCAAUACUUCACAGUGUAUAAAGAAAUGUCAUUGAUCUAUACCGUAGAGAUUAAUCACUUGUAUUGCACAAUGUAUUGUCCCAAUGACGUUCUAGAGAAUUUUAAUACAAAUGCCUGGUUUGAUUUUCUCUAUUCGGACAGAUGAAAGCUGUAGACAGGAUGUAAAUGAUUCUAACUGAUUAAAGAUAUUUAUGGCUUUGAUUCACUUUUUUUUAGAUCUUUAACAUGGCAUUUAAAGUGAAGGGAUCCAACAGGAUUCUGGGAUUUAUAAAGUGUUCUCAAAACAUUUUAACAAAUGAAACAAUUUUAAAUUGCCUGUAUUUGAAUAUAGUAAAUUUGAAUAUAGUUAACUGCUGCCCUAUUUAAUGGGCUGGUCAGACAUUACUUUGUUGGAAAGUCAAUGCAGUAGCAGUGGAAGAAAGUCUCAGACAGCAUUCAGACUGGCCUGUAUGAUGUUUUUCUUAUACAUGAAAUCACCUGACUUCUCUCGUCUCCCUCAAUCUAGGAAUGAGAUCAUGGGGCGAGGACAGUUUAAUCUGUGCAGCUCAGUUUGAAUAUUACCUUCUGUAUGCAGUUAGGGGGAUGAUGUAUGAACUGAGUAUUUGUUCCCUCUGUCAAUGCAUUGACUUCCUCACAAGGUCCCACAAAAUUUUAGUGCAUGCACUUAUAACUGGCAUUUUGGGGAAACUACUGAACGUCAGUAAGAAAGUGUAAGACAAGGCGCGUAAUAAAUAUUGUAUGAGAGUUGAAUGUGAUUGUACAUGAUAUCUUCUUGUAUCUCAGUUUGCAAUAAGAUAUGCUCCAUGAACCUUGAAUUGUAUAGUUUCCUUAGCAUUCUAGAAAUUUUGUUUUCUGUACUUUGUAGAACAUUUCAUAACUUGGCUUUCCAUAUUAACUGAAAACUACAAUCUUGUCAACAUUUGUAUUAUCCUUUCAGUUUUCUUAGGCUAUUUUCAUAUUUUUAUGUUACUUAUAAAAGUUGCUCUAUUCUUCUGAGCCAUUUAACUAAACUUUGUUCAGGUUCGCUAUCUGUAAUUGGCCAUGGUUCGAUAUUUGCAGACUUGAAAUUUUGCAGAAUUAAAUGCAAACAGAGAAAAAUAGUAUUGCCUUCAACUUUUAAUAAUGCUUUUGCAUUAUUAUUAUUAAAAAAUGAAUAGCCUUUUCAGACGUUGAUAUUUUUGGUUGCUCUUUCCAUGUGAUUAUCUACCACCUGAAAAUAGUAUAUAAUCAGAAGUUAUACACAAAUUCUCAAAUUGCCAGUUUCUGGUCCUCAGGGAUGUAGGAACUAGACAGAUAUGGUUUGUGAUACCUUUUUAGGAUGGAUAAUUUUUCCCAGUGUUGACAAGGUUUACUAAGUCAAAGUAACUUUUCUGCCACUGGUGCAGUUUAAGAGCAGUUUAAGAUCGACCUCCAUUUGGCAGUUCAUGGAUGCCUGUGCAAUAAUUGAGCUAUACCGGGAUUAAUUUUAUAUUAUAAAUCUGGUUUGUAAUGGAUAGUGGAGCUUCCCUUGCAUGUGAUAUGGAUUUACCUGUGCAGCAUAAAUUACAAUGUAACUUUUGUGUAAUGUCCCAAGAUCCUCUGUCACUUAAUUUGACUCUUAAGCUCUGGUUUUAAAUGUUCUUGUAUAAAUAAUAAUUUCAAAUCUCUCUUCUUGGUUGUAUAUGUUCCGAAAGUUUAAGUUAAUCCAAAGAAGAAAAAGGCAGUUUGCUUUGAAACAGGAAGGACGGCAAGUGUACAGCGUGCUGACUGUGGACUUCUCAAUUACCUCAGCAGGUCCCCUGCCAUGUAAUUACUAGUGAUUAGUGUUAGUUUAACCAGCUAAGUAUGUUCAGGUCUUACUUAACUGUGCCCUGGAAUUAAGUGUCCUAUCAUAUACUAUUAAGGCCGAAUUACUAUCCAAAAAGGGUGUUUUCCCCCUAGCUUUUAAAAGUAGAAAUGCUGUUAAAUGUAGAUAACCUUUUUUCAUGUGAAAAGAUUCCCAUUAAUACUAUUUGAUGUGGCAUUAACUGUCAGCAUACUCAGCACUGGAUAGAUAAAUGAAAUGUUUUAUAAACAUUUCUACAAGCCACUACAACCAACAAAUAUUUUUUAACAAAUGACCCCAAUUAGCCAUUCAGUUGUAUAACUUAGUUUAUUAGCCAGCCCUAUUUAACUGUAGGUAACGGCAACAGUAUGUUGAAAUUGAGUAUGUAAUGUACUGGAUGUAGGCUUCUUCUUUUCUUUCCUUUUUCCUCCUUUUCCUAGGAAAAAGCAAUAAAACUGCUUUGUCUGUUGCCUGUUUAGCAUGGCAGGAAUCCUUUUCCUUUGGAUAGUGGUUUUAUAGGAAAGUUUUUGUAUGUGUAUCACCCAAGUCUAGCUUUUAAAAAAAAAUAAAGUGUGCAGUUAUAGUGUGGCAUUUUAUUUUAAAAAUUGGGGAAAGUUAACAUAUUUUUUUAAAAAGUAGCUGUUUGAGUAAAUAAUGGAGGUACUUUUUUAAAAACUUUAUAUGCCACAAUUUACAUAGACAUAUUUCAGACUAAUGCAUACGACUUGUGAUGUCAGAUAUGGCCACCACUUUUCCUUUUCAGAGUUGCACAUGCAGUAACUCCAUCCAUUGUAGCUUUUUUGGUUUUUGCCUACUUUUUCCCUCUCCUUUUAAAAUUUGUCUGAAUCACAUUUUAAAAUAUAGCAGUUUUAGUUCUUAAUAUAGUAGCUGAUUUACAAUAACAAAGUGCAGUUGGCCUCUUUCAUUUCGAGUGCUUUUUAAAGCUGAGGAGCUGCUGCUUUCUUUUAAAAUGAUUUGCGACUUUGUACAAAGAAAUGCAAAGAGUUUUAUAGAUCCCUCACUUGUUUCAGCAUUCCCCUUAUUGUGAACAUAAAUUUCAAAAUGGAAGGUGAUGCAUGUUAAAGGCCUGCAGGUGUGGGCAUUUCUUCAGUUCAAAAUGCCAUUAAACAUGUAUAUAACAGGUCUAUAAAGAUUUGUGCAAUUGAAAGCCUGUUUUAAUUUUAUAUAUAUAUAAACAUACAAAUCAAAGGGUUCAAUUCCCAACAUUCUUUUUUUCUGGUAAUUAAAACUGGUACUUUUUGCACAUAGUUUAACUUUACUGAUUCUUCAAAGAAGUGCUGUUUCUGUGGUAUUGUAUUCUCUGAAUAAUAUUUAAUUUUUUUAACAAGUUAACGUUUCUAAUUGUUCAGUUCUUGUGUUUUUUGGCUGGUGUGUAAUAAAGGCAUUUUUCCUUUACAUGAUUAUUUAAUACAUUUAGCAGCCUGUAAAUAUUUCUUGUUAAAUGCUCUGGAAUGUGGUGUAGCAGUUGUACUAGAACAGUUUUAAAAAACAUUGUUUUGAAAACCACUUUGUUUUGGUUAUUUCUAUUAAAUUAGAAAACGAAGAAUCUUUCAAA